CUGAGGACAACAUGGACCCAAACACGACGAUUCUGCGAGUCAAGAGAAAAAGGGGCACCGACCCCGCGGAUGCUUUGUUACUGGCUUGCAAACGUAUCCGACCAGAGACGUCCCAAAAUACCGGCGAGACGGUACCAGAGCCCAAUGAAGCCGAGGUGGAAAACUCUGUGUUCAAACUCGUGGCGACCGUAGCGACGCAGGAUGCUCCCGUUCAGACGCAGGUUCGACAGGCCCUGGCCCGGCCUCGCAUGGCCCAUGCCCUGCGCCCCUCUGCCGGCAGCUCACAACGGAUCACCGGGGACCUACGGAGCACUAAGUGGAGCACAAGGAGGGAGGAACGCUACAGAAUACUGUCCAGCCACCGCACAGGUCUGUCAAGCCCAGCCGAGCAGCAGGAUCCCCAGACGGAUAACUCUGAGGGGGCAGAGGAAACUGAGAAACACCAGGACAAGUGUUUGGGUCUUGGUGAAAUCCAGGUGGUGGAUCUCAUACAUGAGGAUGAACAAGGCGAGGACAAGUUGUCUGGCAAGGUGCAGACCCAGGACCCAGAGGUGAUCCUGUGCAACAACACCAAGAUGCUGCGGGAGCGUCUGAGCAUAACCGGGGAACUAGGUGGCAACAGGCAGCGUGAGCAGGAAGAGGACUACGUGUAUGAUCUGUACUACCAGGAAACGGUCACACCUGGGUGGAUUCAGGACAUCCUGUCCGUCAGGGCCUACGCCGAUGAGGGAGAACUGGUGCCCGACCUUGUGGUGCAUGAAGAGGAGGUGUACGAAGAUGAUGACGACGAGAAUGAAGAAAGCAACUGGAGGAACGAUUACCCCGACGAGGAGAGUGAGUCAGGCAGCGACAGAGAGGAGCGCUAUGGUGGUUACUGGGAGGAGGAGCACUCGUACAGCCGGAGGAACUGGGAGCGCUACCAGAGGGAAGUGCUGCAUGAGCAUGCUGAAGAUGACGAUGAAGAUGAUGAUGGGAACAAAUAUGAUUCCGAUUGAUCUACCCUCCCAUUAUUAUAGCAUCUAUUUGUGGCUCUCCUCUUCAUGAAAUACACCAUACUCCAUAGACCUCUGUGUAGGGGAAAAAAAACCCAAACAUCUUAUGUGUAGCACUCAUCACACAUCAGUUAAUAAUGAGGUCCAAUCAAUACAUUUAUGUGCCAAUAUUAAAAAUUUGACUGAACCACAGAACACUUUCUCGUCUCACUGUUCAGAGAAUUGCACAUGUACCAAACUCGAGCUCCAUCCCUCUCUUUGCUACACAGAUGUUGAAGGAGCAGGUGUUAUUUCCAGCAGGACCCAGUGUCUUUUUUUUUUUUCUUUUCUUUUUUAAUCUGUGGUGGAGUGAAUUUGUGUGUGUGGGUGUUUGUUCCAAGUGAACGUGUGUGCGUGUGUGUUGCACAUCAGUGUGAGUUGCCUCGUAUGCUUCGUGCUGUUAACACUUCUGUUAGUGAGACGUCUCGAGCCGCGCGCGGUUGCAGUUUUUAGGGUGUUUGCAUUUUGUGCAUGGUAGCGUGUGUACGUACAAGUUGUGUGUGUUUAGAAUUUGCAUAAUGUGAAAGCGUGGCGCGUAUAUUUUUUGUUGUUGUGGUGAGCGUGUGAGUUUGGUUCAGAAAUGUACUUUUUUUUUUUUUUUUUCUUUUUUGGAAGAUCCGACUGUUUCUCUGGAAUGCUUGUCGAAUUAAACUUUUUGUAAAUAUGUAGAUGUGUAUAAAAAGAAGGCUUUCAAAAUAAAUGGAAAACAUCUG